CGGUGGCCGCCAUAACCAGCAAGGUGACGAUGACAGUGGCCGCCAUCGCGAAGGCAUAGUGGAAAGGACAGCCGUCGUGGACAACAAGCUUCGUCUCCAUCAUAGGGCUUGCGCAGGUCGGGAUAUUGAUCGAGAUCGGUAUCUGGCGCACGAUUACGAUGAAUGCAGUGAAGAAUUGCGACCAGGGACGGUGAUGGCGACUACCCCGCCAUCGCCUGGAAGAUGACGGUGACGUUGCCCGCCAUCGCCAGGAAGGUGAGGAUGACGGUGACCGCCAUCAUCACUAAGGCAAACUAGCCGAAAGGACGGCCGUGGUGGACAAGCUUGCUCUCCUUAUUAGGGCUUUCGCAGCUGUGUUGGCAGGAGGCCCAACUGGCCGGGACAGUGCGGCGUUGAUUCGAUCCAUCCAUCCAUCCAUCCAUUGAUUGAUUUAUGAAAUGACACCACCACCGGAAGGCAUGGGGACGGAUGGUGGGAGUCGGCGGUCCGUGGAGGAGGUGCAGCAAAGCCGCCAUCAAUCCCCGUCGGACUUGAAAUCGGCUACGCCUGUGGAUGAUGGUCAUGCCAACCCAGUUCCUUGGCAUCAAUCUAUGCUUUCUGCCAGGGCACUGAAGGAACUGGGAGGUGGAACCAGCUUCUUUUCUCAACAGAUGGCGCUAUUCAGAUCGACGCCGAAUCUGAUUAAUCUAGGACUAGGCGCACCGGGUUACGAAGGGUCGAGUGUAGCGAGACAGGCUGCUGCCGAUGUGAUGAAUGCUUCCAUGACGGGCGUGGGUGCUGAUCAAGCAAUCCCCAUGCUCAACCAGUACUCGGCGACGUCAGGCCUGCGUAGUCUUCGGUUUGCGCUCUCGUCCUUUUACAAGAGGCAAUUCAAUGCUGAGUAUGACCCCGACAGGGAAAUCGUCGUCACGUCCAGCGGGACGGAGGCCGUUACGGCAGCGUUCUUCUCCAUUCUCAACCCGGGAGACAAGGUGGUGGUCCCGCAGCCUGCCUGGCCAUGGUACUUCCCCAACCUCCGGUUAGCAGGGGGUGUACCCAUCCCGAUGACCCUCAAGGCGCCAGAUUUCAGGAUUGAUCUGGUGGAGCUGAGGGAGCUGGUUGAGAGAGAGGAACCCAAGAUGCUGGUGCUGAACACGCCACAUAAUCCGACGGGCCAUGCCCUCACGAGGGAGGAACUGGAGGGAGUGGCGCAGAUUUUGGCCGAUCGCCGGAUCCUCGUUUUGUUCGACGAGGUUUAUCAGAAUAUAGUCUUCCCGCCCGCAGAGCAUCUUCGCAUUUCGAGUUUUCCGGGAAUGAGGGAGCGAACAAUUAGCAUUGGAAGUGGCGGUAAACUUUACGGACUCACCGGAUGGCGUGUUGGGUGGGCUGUCGGGCCACCCCAACUGAUCCGAGCCAUCGACAUGGUACACCAACAUAGCACUGUUUGCGCGCCAGUCCCGUUGCAGCACGGUAUCGGUGCAGCCCUUGACGCUGAAGAUGGCAGCUUUGGAGGCGUUGUGCAGUUGCAUGCAGGUAGUUAUGCGAUCCUGAAGGCGGCCUUUGAAGCCAUUCCCGGCGUUCACGUUUGCCCGUCGGAUGGCGGAUACUUCUUCACUCUGGACAUUGCUGCGACAGGUAUGCUCGCGGAGGAGUUUUGUGAGAUAAUGCUGAAGGAGGUGGGGGUAGGUGUUGUUCCCAUGAGUGCGUUUUACGCUACACUGUCAGACAGCGCGACAGCAAAGAACUUGGUCAGGGUUUCUGCCUGCCAGCGAAGGAGCCAGGUUGAAGAAGCAGCAAGAAGGAUUCUAAAAUUCUGCUCGGCAAAGUCGAGGAAAGAGGAUAGCGAAGCAUGAUGAAAAUGCUGAAAAUCAAUGGAGAAAGUGUAAUGCUCGAGGCUUUUUUUCUGGGCACCUGGGCACCCAACUUAUGCCCGGGUACACGCCCGGGUGCCCGGCCGGGCAUGACUCCGGGGCAGGAUUCUGGGCAGCCCCAGCACCCAAAAAAAAAAAAAAAAAAAAAAAAAAUCCGGGAAAAAAAUAAUGUUGUGUAGAAUUGCAAUACAAACGACUUUUGGCUGAGGGUCACAUUAGAAUUCCUCACAGAAUGGGAGAUAAAAAAGAAAAUAACAGAAUCACACUAAGGCACCCCCCUUGAAACCCCUUUAGCCCCUUUAAAACCAAUUUUUACUUCCCCCCUCCUUCCUCUCCUUGACAGCCAAAUAGCAAAAAAAGAAAUGAGCCUGGAUUUGAGGUCCUCUGGGAGAGCGCAGAAAACCCAAAAAAAAAAAAAAAAAAAAAAAGUUUUUUUUUUUUUUUUUUUUGCACGCCCGGGUACUCCGGGCGUCAGAUCCCCCCGGGUGCCCGGCCGGGCAGGACCGGCCGGGCGUGAGAAUCUUCCUUGGUAAUGCUGAAAAUCAAUGGAAAAAGUGUAA